UGUGACCUUUUGUUUUCUUUCAGAUAUCUUCACCACCAAGCAACCCCACGAGUAAUCCAUAGAGGUAUCAAAGCAAGCAAUGUGCUACUGGAUGCAGAUUUUGAGGCUCGGAUUUCAGGAUUUGAAUUUGCUAAGUUAAUUGGGGAAACCCAUGAGAGUAUCAAAAUUAAGGGAAUUGUCAGGGACCUCAUGCGAGAAUAUACCUUGUUUGGGAAGGCAUUAGAGAGUUGGGAUGUCUGUGACUUUGGAAUUCUCUUGCUGGAACUUGCUAGCGGCAAGAGACCAAUUAAAAGACCAAGUGCCGUAUCAGUAUCUGAAUGGGAAUUUCCCUUGGCUUGUGAUAAAAAGUUUCGUGAGCUUGCAGAUUCAAAACUAAAGGGAAAAUUUGUGAAGGAAGAACUUGAAAGACUGAUUCUUGUUGGAGUUGUAUGUGCUCAAAGUCAGCUUGAGGAGAGACCCACCAUGCUUGAGGUGGUAGACCUGCUUAAGGGAGAAUUUAAAGAUAAGUUUUCUCAAUUGAAAAAGAAUGAAUUGUUCAGAAACCGUCCAGCUUUUAGAAAACAAAUUUGUUGAAGAGAAGAGGGUAUUUGAGAUUAAAGAGAAUAAUGGGCUCAAUCUAAUUGAGCCCAACUCUUGGCCCACUAUCAUACGGCGUCUUUCAAAACUCUGAGAUGAGGCCCAAAUCAAAUCCCAAGAAUGAUUGGUG